AUGGCCACCAACACCCUCUUUGCCCAGCAGACCGGCGAGAUCGGUGGCUACAACGAGACCAUGGCAGCCGCCGCCUUCGAGAGCCAAGCCCUCUUCUUGCUCAAAUGCCAGUAUGCUUCUCUUGUCAUAGAAACAUUCUUGGCCGGUGUACUCGUCAUGCAGCUGUUUACCUACUUUCAGUACCAGAAAACAGACAAGCUCUGGACAAAGGCGGUUGUUGUUUGGUCUGCCGUUUGGACCAUGGUCAUCACGGUCUACUACUGGGUAUACCUGAGCUACCUGUUUGUGGACAACUUUGGCCUGUGGCUGCCUUGGCUUGAAGUCAGGUGGCUCGCCAAGAUGCCCUUGUUUGAUGUCCUCGCCGUUAUCCCCGUCCAAGGGUUCUUUGCCUACCGAGCAUACUUGUUGAUGAAUCGAAACAAGAUCCUCCUCGGCGUCCUUGAGACAUUGUUUGGUGCUACAGCCAGUGGCCCAACGCUUAUCAGUAAGUGUCUCCCCGUCUCUCCUCAGCUGUUGUUGAUGAUUUCAGCCUGGACCGCUGUCACCACCGGCGCCGAUGUCAUCAUUGCCGGUUGUAUCCUUGCUGGUCUGCUCCGUUCCAAGACUGGAUGGGCUCAUACCGACAAGCUGGUAUCUAAACUGGUCCGCAUGACUUUCGAAGCUCAACUUCCCCCCACAUUCCUUGCCCUCGCGUAUUGUAUUGAAUGGUCCCAAACACCCUCCUCCCUCUUGGGAGCAGUAUUUCAAGCUCUCCAGAGUCCCUGCUACAUGAUCGGUCUGCUGUUUACUCUCAACUCCCGUAUCGCUUUUACGACUGUUGACAAUGACAAUCGAAGUCAGCAGACACCACAAGUAUUUGGCAUGAGUAACAUCAACAACACCCGCCGCCCGACCGAUGGCAUUCAGGUGGAAGUUCAGACUUAUGUUCAUGACGACCAGCCGUAUGAGUACAACCACGACAAGAAAGGUCAAUCCAAAGCCGAUUCAUUGUCUGACGGGGACACUGAGAGAGGUGUGGUGUUUGAGAACGGCAGUAGGGCUCACUUGACUGCUGGAUCUAAUGCUGUUUAG